GGUGGAAGAGGCGGGAGAGUGAGGGAAAGACUGGAAGACGAGGCUGCGUGCUCGGAGCCGGCCCCAUGGCCGUGUUCGACACGCCCGAGGAGGCCUUCGGCGCCCUGCGUCCCGUGUGUGUGCAGCUCACGAAGGCGCAGACGGUGGAGAACGUGGAGCGUCUGCAGGCGCAGCUGCGGGCCGUGAGCGACUCGGCCCUCCAGGAGCUCCAGCAGUACGUGCUGUUCCCCCUGCGCUUCGCCCUGCGCGCGCCGGGCCCCAAGCGAGAGGGCCUGCUGCAGAGCGUGGUGGAGUGCCUCGCCUCCGUGCUGGCCUCCACCUGCGUGCGGGAGCGGGAGCUGCUCCAGGAGCUCUUCUCCGAGCUCUCCGCCUGCCUCUACUCGCCCGGCGCCCAGAAACCCGCGGCCGUGUCCGAGGAGCUGAAGCUCGCCGUGGUGCAGGCCCUCAGUACCCUGAUGCACGCGGCCUACGGGGACGUCCUCCUGGCGUUCUACGAGCCCGCCGUUCUGCCUCGCCUGGGCUUCGCCGUGUCUCUGCUCCUGGACCUGGCGGAGCGGGAGAAGGCCAAGCAGAUUAAAAUCGCCGCCCUGGGGUGCUUGCAGGUCCUGCUCUUGCAGUGCGAGUGCCCAGACCACCCACGGGCCGGGGACGGGCCAGAAGAGGAGCAGCUGGGGGACUUGUUCGCGUCCUUCUUGCCGGGAGUCUCCACAGCCCUCACCCGGAUCAUCCUCGGAGACUUCAAGCAAGGGCACGGCAUCGUCGUGUCCGCCCUCAGAAUCUUCUCCAAGACCGUGAGCUUCGUUGUGGCCGACGCCCAGCUCGGGAGGACCCCCAAGGCCCGCGCCAAGCCGGCCGUGGAGCCCCGGGUGGCCGAGCUGAUGAUCCACCGGACCGAGGACUGGGUCAAGAGCACGGGCGCCAAGCUGACCGUCCUCAUUAAGAAGAUCUCCGAGAGCGUUUCCGUCCACCCUCACUGGCGGGUGCGGCUGGAGCUCGUGGACCUGGUCGAGACCCUCCUUCUGAAGUGCAGCUGCUCGCUGCUGGAGUCCGCAGGGCCCCUCCUGAAGGCCCUGGUGGGCCUCGUCAACGACGAGAGCCCCGAGGUCCAAGCCCGGUGCAGUCAGGUUCUGCGGCGGUUUGCGGAGCAGCGAGUGGUGGUGGGCAGCCGGGCCCUGGCCGACGUCCUGGCCGAGAACCUGCACUCGCUCGCCACGUCUCUGCCGCGCCUCAUGAGCUCCGUUGACGACCAGGGCAAAUUCUCCACCCUCUCCUUGCUGCUCGGUUACCUGAAGCUCCUGGGCCCGAAAGUGAACUUCGUCCUCAACUCCGGGGCCCACCUGCAGCGCCUCUCCCGGGCGCUCAUCCAGGUUCUGGAGUUAGACGUGGCGGACAUCAAAAUCGUGGAGGCGCGGCGCUGGGACCCCGGCCCUCUGAGCGCGUCCCCAGAGGCCUCCGCCAGCCGGCCUUGGAACCGCGUGCAGAGGCGAUACUUCCGCUUCUUCACGGACGAGAGGGUCUUCCUGCUCCUGCGGCAGGUCUGCCGGCUCCUCGGUUUCUACGGGAACCUCUACCUGCUGGUGGACCACUUCCUGGACCUGUACCGGGAGUCCGUGGCCCACCGCAAGCAAGCGGCCAUGGUCCUUAACGAACUGGUGAUCGGGGCCGCGGGGCUGGAGGCGGACGCGCUCCACGCGCAGCACGUGCAGACCAGCGCCGAGGACCUGCGAGGCAUCGUGACGUCGGUCCUCGAGGAGUACUUGAGCCGGGAAAACUGGUACCUGGUCACCUGUGUGGAGGCGGAGGAAACGGGAGAGGAGCUCUUGAGGAAGCCGUGCGGCCCCCAGGCCCUCACCGCCGCGGCCCACGCCUGCCCAGCGACCCCUCUGCCUGCCGGCUCGAAGCCGGCCCCCACGGUCUGCACCAUGAAUAGCAACAUCUGGCAGGUCUGCAUCCAGCUGGAGGGGAUCGGCCACUUCGCGUACGCGCUGGGAGGAGACGCCCGCUUGCUGCUGAUGUCGGCCCUCUACCCGGUGCUGGAGAAGGCCGGGGACCCGACCCUGCUCGUCAGUCAGGCCGCGACGAGCGCCAUGCUGGACCUCUGCCAGGCCUGUGGCUACGAAUCCCUGCAGCACCUGAUCAACCAGAACUCGGACUACUUGGUGAACGGCAUCUCCUUGAACCUGCGGCACCUGUCUCUGCACCCCCAGACCCCGAGGGUCCUGGAAGUCAUGCUGCGGAACUCCGAUGCCAGCCUGCUGCCGCUGGUGGCAGACGUGGUUCAGGACGUCUUGGCCACCCUGGACCAGUUUUACGAUAAGAGAGCUGCUUCGUUUGUCGGCGUCCUCCACGCCCUGCUGGCGGCAUUAGCCCAGUGGUUCCCAGCCCCAGAGAAGCUCCUGCCACUCCAAGAGCAAAGCCCAGAGGAAGAGGGAAGACCACCCGUCGAAAAGGGGCUCCAGGAGACCCCCACAGCCGAAGACAUUGAACGCUUUCUGCUCAGCUACCUCAAGGAAAAAGACAUAGCUGCCGGGAAUGUCUCGGACGGCGAGGACGAAGAGGAGCCGUUGGGCCCGCCCCCCGCCGACGAGCCUGACCCCGGCCCCCACGUGGAGCCGCCGCUGCCCGUGCAGGUCCAGAUAGCCACGGCCGUGAUGGAGCGCUGCAUCCACCUGCUGGCCGACACGAGCCUGAAGAUCCGCUUGAAGGUCUUGGAUGUGCUGGAUCUGUGCGUGGUGGUGCUGCAGGCCCACAAGAACCAGCUCCUGCCCCUGGCUCACCGGGCCUGGCCCUCACUCGUGCACCGGCUCACGAACGAUGACCCCCUGGCCGUGCUCAGAGCCUUCCAGGUCGUGCGCACGCUGGGAGGUACGUGUGGCGAUUUCCUCCGGAGCCGCUUCUGCAAGGACGUCCUGCCGAAGCUGGCCAGCUCCUUGGGGGCCCAGGCGCCCGUCAGCGCCAGGGCCGGCCCCGUCUACUCCCACACGCUGGCCUUCAAACUGCAGCUGGCCGUCCUGCAGGGCCUGGGCCCCCUCUGCGAGAGACUGGACUUAGGUGAGGGUGACCUGAAUAAAGUGGCGGGCGCCUGCGUGAUUUACCUCAGCGCCAAACAGCCCGUGAAAUUACAGGAGGCUGCCAGGAGCGUCUUCCUCCACUUGAUGAGGGUCGACCCGGACUCCACCUGGUUCCUCCUGCACGAGCUCUACUGCCCCGAGCCGCCGGCGCCGCCCCACCCCAGCCUCCAGCCCCUGCAGCUGCGGGCGACCCCGGCGCCACAGAACCCCUACAAGGCCAACGUGCUGUGCCUGCUGCGGGAGCUGCCCUGAGCCCCCCUCCCAUGGGGGCUCCCCGACCCCGCUCCCCCUCCGGGCAAGGAGGCGGCAGCAGCCUCUGCAGAGGAGCAGGCGGGCGAAGACGGAGCUCGCCAAGCAUCGAUCCCUGGACUGAUCGAUGGCACCACCGCCCGGGAGCCGGGGGAGCAGCGCGGCUGGCGCUUUAGAUUUCACACGGGCUGUCUGCAGGCGCCACAGUCGGGCAGCUCUGCGGGCUAAGGGCCUUGCUGGCACCUCCGUGCCCUGUGCACAGCCCUGCCACGCCGGGAAUCCAGAGACAUGGGGAACAGAGAGCGUACAAUUACAGACACACAGAGAGAGAGAGACACAGGGAACAGAGACCACACGAUUCCACACACACAGACACACAGACACGCGCAUACACACACAUGGGGAACAGAGACCACACGAUUCCACACACACAGACACGCGCAUACACGCACAUGGGGAACAGAGACCACACGAUUCCACACACACAGACACGCGCAUACACGCACACAGGGAACAGAGACCACACAAUUAUAUACACAGAGAGAGAGACAUACAGAGAGACAUGGGGAACAGAAACCGCACUAUUACGCGCACACACACACACACACAGACACGGGGUACAGAGACUGCACGAUUACACACACGCGCACACACACAAACACAUUCACACAUGCCGGCAGGGGCCCCAGCCAGGAGUCUACCGCCCGCCCGCAUGGGGACUCGCAUCCUCCAGAACUGAGGAGCUGGACCUGCGCCCAACAGACGGAAAUAGGCACAACGGGGAUGGAAGCUGAUGCCCAGUCCCCACGGCAGACACCUUGGGCCCUCUUGGGCCCUCGCUUCCAGAGAUGACGUCUUCGUUACAGAUGACUGCGUGGGCGGCCUGGCUCCCCGCCACCCUGCCACUCUCCUCCCCGACCCACCCAGCCCCGGCUGAUGGUGAUAGAAUCUCACACGCAGCCGAAAUCUUCCUAUUGAACGUGCAGCCACUGUAACAUGUUGCAGCCACUGUAACACGAUCACAGCUACAUAUGUAUCGAGGAAAGACACUUCCCUCGCGGUCUGCCUUGCCCUGCAGCGCUGGGACCAGGAUCCAGCCCAGGUCCAGACUGCCGGGAGCACUCGAUGGUAAAUCUUUUCACCUAUUCCGGAUUCUCCUUCCCACCCUCACUUCUUUCCUGCCGUUUUUGUUUUGUUUCAGGAAACGAGGCCAUAUUCCCACUCGCCCAGUCCGGGCCGCCCGUGGGGCCAUUUCCUGAGUGCCCCUGUUGCCUGUAUUUCCCUCCAGCCCGGGUGGCAGGACACUCAGGUUUGAUGAUGCUGUCCAGGGCCCAGCUCCCUCCUAGGGGCCGCUGCUGGCUUGGACCGGGAAUAUACUCGGGGACACGGCGCCCGCCCUCUGCACUGCUGGCCCUGACCCUCAGCUUUCAGCCAGAGUCCGUAAGGGAACCAUCCCUGCACCUGUGCGUCAGCCUGGAGAGAGUUUGGGUAGCAGAGGGGCACGUGCUUGAUUUUUCUCCCUAGGGCACUUCAGACAGAGAGAGAGACACAGAGAGAGAGAGUGAGAGAGAGAGAGAGAGAGCUCCCAGGAUUUAAAAUAUACAGACUAGGUACAUUUAGUACAGAUGCACACCAGGAAUGGGACCCACUUCCUCCCCUGCACACAUUCACUCGGAAAACCCAGAAGACGCGCAUCAGACCGAGGUGUGGCCGUCCCUCCAGGCCCCUCCCAGUGCCUGGGGCUGUCAGGCUCAGGUGGGGUCCCCAGCAGCCUCCCUCAAGGUCGGGGAGGGCCUCUGGGGUGACGGCCUGACGGUAGUGUUCACGGUGCCCCAAGGAAGGGGGCAAAGGGGCAGUGUCCUGUAGCAGAGGGGACGACAGGAGGACUCACAGCCCAGUCCUUAGCCUGCCGGGACCCUCGGGGGCCAGCUGUUUCCCCUCUCCAGGGCCUGACGGAGGAGUGAGAGUCGCGUGUGGCUCCGUGAGGCGGAAGCAGGCAGCCCUGCCGCGAGCAGACUCGGAGGGCCGGGCCGUGUGGGCGGAUCUGCCGGGCAUUCCCGGAGCCCUCGUCCUGGAAGACCUGAGACUUCCUGCAUUGCUUUCAGAUUCCUGCAGGCUGAUCAUUGGACUUGAUUUAAAAAAAAGAAAGA